AUGGACUCGAAGCCCAUUGACGUCGGAAGACAAAGCUACGAGGAUGCCCGGGACAUGGUGGCAUUGGGCCAUACAGAAGAACUCACAAGGAAGUUCUCGUCAUGGAGCAUGCUCGCCCUCGCUUUCUCAAUCUUAGGAACCUAUGGCACAUUCGCCCAAGACCUAGCAUCUGGAUUGAACAAUGGCGGUCCCAUCACAAUCUUGUGGGGUCUUGUGCUUGUCUUUGUGUGUAACCUCUGUGUUGCACUCAGCUUGGGUGAGCUAUGCAGCGCUAUGCCUACUGCUCUGGGACAGGCUUACUGGAUGCACUCGCUAUGGCACACACCGACCGGAAGAUUCGCAUCAUACAUGUGUGCCUGGAUUAACACCUUUGGCUGGUGGACGCUCAAUGCUUCGCUUGUGGCCUUUGCAACCAACUUUCUACUCGGCAUCAAGCUCAUGUACGAUCCGGAGUGGGCAGGUGCUGGAACAGGCUGGGUUGAGUUCCUGGUGUAUUUGGGCAUCACGAUCGUCUUCACAGUCUUCAACCUGGUAGCCUGUAGGAAUGACAGGAUUCUUCCUUGGUUCAACAACAUCGUCGGCAUCCAGUUCGCUGCCCUCUUCUUCAUCCUCAGUCUUGCUUUGCUCAUCUCGGUUGGCACCAAACAAGGGCUCAAGUUUCAGCCGGCAUCUUUCGCUUUUGGUGCUUGGAUCAAUGAGACUGGAUGGCCAUCAGGGUUGGUCUGGUUCACUGGUCUUGUUCAAUCGGCCUAUGGAUUAACAGCUUUUGACUCGAAGAACUCCCCAACCCUCGUGUCAACGCUCCCCAACCCUCGUGUCAACGCUCCCCGCGCUAUCUGGCUGUCCGUCGUCCUAGGCGCCAUCACUGGGUUCCUGUUUAUGCUCGUAUGUCUCUUUUGUAUCCAAGACCUCGACAAAGUUCUCAACACGCCGACCGGCCUGCCAUUUAUGCAACUCGUUCAAGACUGCGUUGGUCUCGAAGGUGCUGUCGUGUUGAUCGUGCUCUUCACAAUGAACAGCUUGGGUCAGGGCGUUUCCAUCACCACAACCGGCAGUCGAUUGACCUGGGGCUUUGCUCGUGACAACGGCUUGCCCUUCUCGAAGUACAUCAAAAGAGUCAACAAGAAGUGGAAGGUCCCACCGCAAGCCUUGCUGCUUCAAGGAGUCCUUAUCGGUUUGGUGGGCGUGCUGUAUCUGUUUGCAAACACAGUGCUUGAGGCCAUUCUAAGCGUGGCCACCAUUGCUCUGACAAUCUCAUACGCCAUGCCUAUCUUGACUCUCUUGCUUGUGGGGCGCAACAAAUUGCCUGCUGGCGGGCAAUUUGCACUCGGCAGAUAUGGACCUGUGAUCAAUUGGAUCAGCGUGAUCUAUUGUGUCAUCACAACAGUCAUUUUCUUCUUCCCAAGCGGGCCCAACCCCUCAGGAGCAGACAUGAACUACGCGAUUGCAGUAUUUGGCGUCAUGCUCGUCGUCUCCAUUGCUUUCUGGAUCAUCAAGGGUCGCAAGACCUACCUGAAGGUAGAUCCGUCUGAGGGAGUCGUACUGGAAGCGCUGCAUCUCGAGGACAGCUAUGUAGAAGUCCCAGAAUCAUCACGAGCUGAUGCAAAAGGGCUGGAGUAA